ACUUUAUCAGUUUCCUACAGGUUGCUCUUCCAUGGAGUUCGACGUUUUUUAACUUGACCGACUCGCCGGAUGAAGGUAGCUCAACUGAAACGCCGCCUGCAUCAGAUACCGUCGUAGUCAAUUGGAAACCUGAUGGAAUUGAGUUAAAAAGUGUUGAACUAAUCUGGAAGACGCAGUUAAUCGGGUUUACUCGAAAGCCCCACGAUGACGACGGCACGGCCGGGCGGAUUUGAAGUGGACCACAAUUGGCCUGAAUCGGCUGAUUGCCUCACUUUGGAUUUCGGCCCCUUCGAGACUGUUCACAGGUGGAGGCGAAUGCCAGACUGCGAUGAAUUCGUGGGUGCAAGGCGCAGCAAACACACAGUUGUUGCUUACAAGGAUGCCAUAUAUGUCUUUGGUGGGGACAAUGGAAAAACCAUGCUGAAUGACCUGUUGCGUUUUGACUGCAAAGAGAAGAGCUGGGGACGUGCAUUUGCUAUUGGCACCCCUCCUGCUCCUCGCUAUCAUCACUCUGCUGUUGUCCAUGAAUCAUCAAUGUUUGUGUUUGGAGGCUACACCGGUGACAUCAAUUCAAACUCAAACUUGACCAAUAAGAAUGAUCUCUUUGAGUAUAGGUUCCCUUCAGGCCAAUGGAUGGAGUGGAAAUUUGCUGGCAAGCUGCCUCCAGCCCGAUCGGCGCAUGGAGCUGCAGUAUAUGAUGAGAAGAUGUGGAUCUUUGCAGGAUAUGAUGGGAACACUCGAUUGAAUGAUAUGUGGUGCAUAUCGCUAACAGGUGACUCUCGUGCUGGACUUUGGGAAGAAGUGGAACAGAGUGGAGAGUGCCCACCAACUUGCUGCAAUUUUCCUGUUGCUGUUGCACGAGAUUCCAUGUUUGUCUUCAGUGGGCAAAGUGGGGCAAAAAUUACCAAUUCCUUGUUCCAAUUUCAUUUCAGAGAAAGGAGUUGGACAAGAAUCUCAACAGAACAUAUCCUUCGGGGUGCACCCCCUCCCCCCACCAGACGAUAUGGUCACACAAUGGUUGCAUUUGACAGACAUCUCUUUGUGUUUGGAGGAGCUGCUGACAGCACUCUCCCAAAUGAUCUGCAUUGGAAUGAAGGGACUGUGCCUUUCUCCUUUGAGGCCCUACAUAAUAAUCCUAUUCGCUUUGAUUUGGACUGCCAGACUUGGUCCAUUAUUGCACCAGCACAUGAAAGUGCAGUGCCCUCAGGACGACUCUUUCAUGCUGCUGCUGUGGUUGGAGACGCCAUGUACAUUUUUGGUGGGACCGUGGACAAUAAUGUGCGGAGUGGAGAAAUGUUCAGGUUCCAAGUAAGGCCUCUCAUUUGUCUGAUCUGUCUUCACUGUGAAUUAACUCAAAUGAAUUAUAUUAAAAGGUUAUUGCAUGGUGACCCAUUUAAAUGUGCACGUAGAGUCUUGCUUAGUGUUAGAUUGGAGAAUGCAGUGAAUGACCAUGUAAUAAGAUUGAACUCUCCUUGCCUUUUGUUUCAGUUCUCCUGUUAUCCAAAGUGUACCCUUCAUGAAGACUACGGAAAGCUCCUGGAAAGUCGACAGUUCUGUGAUGUGGAAUUUUUGGUUGGAGGUCAGGAGGAGGUUCACAUCCAAGGUCACAUUUCUCUGGUGGCUGCCCGCUCUCACUGGCUCCGUGGCCGCAUUCGACAGGCUCGGGAGCAGCGGGACAAGCAUCUGGAAAAGGUGUUUGGAACUUCCAGGGUCCCCUUUCGAGAACUCCCCAUCCUUCAAGUACCAAUCAAGGAUGCUUCUCCCGAAGCAUUUGAGAUGGUCCUCAAUUAUAUCUACACCGACCGAAUUGACCCUACAAAGAAAACUGAGGACCCAUAUAGCAACAAGGCGAUUCUAUUGAUGAUGGACGUCUAUCAGCUGGCACUUCAACUCCACAUGUCUAGAUUAGAGCAUUUGUGCAUCCAGUACCUGGCAGCAACCAUCAAUCACAAAAAUGUGCUUGUAGCCCUUGUAAAUGCCAAUGACCUGCGUCUGACCUACUUGAAGGAGUAUUGCAUGAAGUUCAUUGUUAAGGAGAACAAUUACAACCACAUUGUUAUGAGUGACGAAUUUGAGACGCUGGACCAGCAGCUCAUGGUCGAGAUUGUUCGUCGGCGCCAGCAGUCAUCUCAAGUCUUAUCCCGUGUGAGCGAGCCCCAAUGGGACAACUCUUCUUCUGGAACCCUUGAACAGUGCAUGGAGGCAUUCCUAAAGAACAUUGGGAAGGAAUUCAGUGACAUUAUUCUGUUGUUGGAUGGGACCCAGAUCAUGGCUCAUAAGGCAAUACUUGCUGCUCGCUGCUCAUACUUUGAAGCCAUGUUUCGGUCCUUCAUGCCUGAAAAUAAUGCAGUCAAGGUAGCUAGGAGCAUUUCAUUGCCAUCCAUAAAAAAAAAUAUAUUGUACCCACAUGAUUAUCGGCAACGAAGAAAGAUAGCCAUAGGGGAGAUGAUACCUUCUAGGCAGUCAUUUGACUCCCUACUCCGGUACAUUUACUAUGGUGAUGUGAACAUGCCUCCUGAAGACUCCCUCUAUCUCUUCUCUGCUCCAUACUUUUAUGGCUUUACAAACAACAGACUACAGGCAUUCUGCAAGCAAAACCUGGAGAUGAACGUCACAUUUGAAAAUGUGAUUCAGAUAUUGGAGGCGGCUGACAGGAUCAAGGCCAUGGACAUGAAGAAAUAUGCUCUGGAUCUCAUUGUCCAUCACUUCCCUAAGGUGGCAAGGCUGCCGAAGACCCGGUGCUUGAGUCGGGAGUUGCUGUUGGACAUCUUCGAAGCCCUUGCAGAUGACCUUGGCGAGGCUCGUCUCUGCCAGGACUUGUCCAAUGCCUCCAUCCAUUCAGGAGACAAUUGAUGAGCCCAUCUGUCUCUGCUGUCUUCUGAUACCUUGCAGAUGCUUGGCUUUCCACCCAUUAGUCUGUCUUGUGGAUAUGUGAGAUAUCAAAAUCCUAGGCAAAAGGGUCUGUCUUUUGGCUGGGGGUGUAUUGGAGUGUUUUGAACUGGAAUGCAAGGAGACAAGGAGGGGGAUGUCUGACUUCUAACAGACUUACUGGUAUCACAUGGAAAAAAGGAGCCUACCAUCCAUACAUAUAAUAUGUGAAAAGAAGUCACAUUUAGAAUGACCUGGGUAAACCCUGUCUAGUAAUGGUUACCUUUCUAUGAUUAUUGGAAGCAAGAAGAGGAUGUGGCAAAUAGGGUGAAUUUUGGGAAGAAGUCUUUCAUCAGGUGCAGCAUUCUGUAAGUUUAGCUUGUGUCAGCAGCAUGAAAAAUUUUUAGGUGUCUGCUGAACAGCCGCCAAGGGUGUACUCUGGUAACUAGAAAUUUUCUGUUUUCUUGGCUCCAAUAAGAAAGAUAGAUGUAUACGUGGUAUGAUUUCUAUGCCUCUACUUCAUCUGAAAGUUGAGAAUUGAAUGCCAAAAUCUCGAUGCCUUUUUUAUGCACCAUCCAGUAUUUUUUUCAAGACUGGCUGCAACACAUUAAGUGGUUCCUUGGAAUUCAUUGCUAGUGGUUCACCUGCUUCCCAUAUAUGUCA